ACGUGACUCCAUCCGUACGAAAUGACUGUUUCCGGUCACCGGUUUUUCAGAAAGCAAGAUGGCGGCCUUGGGACGUUUCUCUCGGAUGUUGUUGAGGUCUUCUUUGACUCAAACCCGGCGCCAGCUCGCUGCGGCCGCUGGACAUGCCGAGGACUCGGCUAAAACAUGGAAGAUCCUCAGCUUUGUGGUUGCACUGCCUGGUGUCGCAGUGUGCAUGCUGAACACCUUCUUGAAAGAGAAGGAGCACAGCCAUGACGCACCACCAGAGUUUGUCCCAUACACCCACCUUCGCAUUCGCACCAAGCGUUUCCCCUGGGGAGAAGGCAACAAAACCCUCUUCCACAACUCUCAUGUGAAUGCUCUUCCAGAUGGCUAUGAGGGCCAUGACUAAACUCUCCAGACAUCAGCGCUGGCUCUAGAGCCCCCUCUGCUAUCGUUACAGGACCACACUCCUAUUUGCAGUCUGUUUUACUGGAGUUUUAUUGUUUAUACCUCUGUGCUCCCCACAUUGGAGCACCUGAACCAACAAUUCCUCUGUUCUGGACCAUUAAAACAAAAAUAUCAGCUUAAACUUACUUGACCUAAAUAAAAUGACUUAGUUCCACUGGUUUGA